GUUCUGCCAAUCUGCGGCCUUGAUCGACUUCCGCUUUAGCUCCGAUAUCCCCUCUCGAAGAUACCUGCCAUUCAACCCUCCUUUCAAUAAUUAUAAAAUAUUAUACGAGAGCUUAUUAUUGUGCGAUAAUGAUAAGCUAACAAUGCCGAACUCAAACCUCCAAGCCUUCAACCUUACAGUCUCAACCCUGCUCAAAAACCCAAGUCAUCUUCUUCCUAACCUUACAAUCUCAACCUUUCUCGACCUACCUGAACAACUCGGCUUACACUUGACACCUACAUCUACAUCUACACCCACAUCUAAGGCUACAUCUGAAUCCUCAUCUAAAGAAAAAGUCACAAUCCGCGCCCUCGUUCUCGACAAAGACAACACCCUCUGUCCACCAAACACCAUCACCUUCCCACCGGCCUAUCUCCACAAACUCGAAUCUCUACGAACCUCACCUACGUCCCCCUUCAACCAAACCACCAAUCCACAUGGCAUCCUAAUCGUAUCCAACACAGCCGGCAGCCGCCCCGAAUCUGCCGCCUACGAAAACGAAGCUCGACGACUAGAACAGGAAACGUUGAAACAUCUCAAAAUCCCCGUAUUCCGAGUCCAACCGGGGAAGGGCAGGAAACCUUUCUGUGGACCGGAGGUAUUGGCGUGGUUUAGGGAGAAAGGUGUCGUGGAUAGUGCCGAUCAAGUUGCAGUUGUUGGGGAUCGGUUGGGGACGGAUGUUUUGAUGGCGGCGCAGAUGGGGGCGUGGAGUGUGUGGUGCAAGAAUGGAGUGACACAUGGGGUUGGCAAGGAUGCCGAGAAAGUGAAUAUGGAUUAUCGUGGGUUUCUGGCAAAGGUGGAAAUUGUCAUGGAAAGAUAUCUUCGAGAAAGUCGGGGGCUGAAGCCGAGAGUGCCUCGAGGGUGGGAGGCUUGACUUUGUAAUUUAUAUACUAGAUACAGACACUGAUACCCAUUUUGUAAAUUGUAAUUGUAAUAUACCGCGACGAUAUAGAAACUGAGCAUUGAUCGAAAGGCUGAUCAAUAUAAAGCCUGGCUACGUGGUCCUCCUUCCAGAUAUCCCCGGAGACCUUGAUGUCUAUACAACAUUUUUACUGUAAAUCAUUUACUUGUG